CUCUCCCGGGCUCGGGAAAUGGAGGGAGAAGAGCCGAUGGCUUCCCGGGUCUCAGAACUGAGAGUUGCAGGUGCUGGCAUCUCUCAGAGCCAGGAGCUCGCCGGGUUAGGUGAAGGCAGUCGUGAUCCCGGCGCUGCCUCGGCCCUUUGUAGUCUUGAGGUUUUGAGCUGCCCCUCUUGCCUGAUGAGGAUGCGAGCAUUAAAAUGAAAAGAUGUCCUUGUACGACGAUCUAGGAGUGGAGACCAGUGACUCAAAAACAGAAGGCUGGUCCAAAAACUUCAAGCUUCUGCAGUCUCAGCUUCAAGUGAAGAAGGCAGCUCUCACUCAAGCAAAGAGCCAAAGAACAAAACAAAGUACAGUGCUUGCCCCAGUCAUUGACCUGAAGCGAGGUGGCUCCUCAGAUGAUCGUCAAAUUGUGGACACACCACCACAUGUAGCAGCUGGGCUAAAGGACCCUGUUCCCAGUGGAUUUUCUGCAGGAGAAGUUCUGAUUCCCUUAGCUGAUGAAUAUGAUCCCAUGUUUCCUAAUGAUUAUGAGAAAGUAGUGAAGCGCCAAAGAGAGGAACGACAGAGACAGCGAGAGCUGGAAAGGCAAAAGGAAAUAGAGGAAAGGGAAAAGCGGCGUAAAGAUAGACAUGAAGCUAGUGGGUUUUCAAGGCGACCUGACCCAGAUUCUGAUGAAGAUGAAGAUUAUGAGCGGGAGAGGAGGAAAAGAAGUAUGGGCGGUGCUGCCAUUGCCCCACCUACUUCUCUUGUAGAGAAAGACAAAGAAUUACCCCGAGAUUUUCCUUAUGAAGAAGACUCCAGACCUCGAUCCCAGUCUUCCAAAGCUGCCAUUCCUCCCCCAGUGUAUGAAGAACAGGACAGACCGAGAUCUCCAACUGGGCCUAGCAACUCUUUCCUUGCUAACAUGGGUGGCACGGUAGCACAUAAGAUCAUGCAGAAGUACGGCUUCCGGGAAGGCCAAGGUCUGGGAAAACAUGAGCAGGGACUGAGCACUGCGUUGUCAGUGGAGAAGACCAGCAAGCGGGGCGGCAAAAUAAUUGUGGGUGACGCGAUGGAGAAGGGUGAAUCUCAGGAUGCAUCUAAGAAGUCGGAUUCAAAUCCAUUGACUGAAAUACUUAAGUGUCCCACUAAAGUCGUCCUACUAAGGAACAUGGUUGGUGCAGGAGAGGUAGAUGAAGACUUGGAAGUUGAAACCAAGGAAGAAUGUGAAAAAUAUGGCAAAGUUGGAAAAUGUGUGAUAUUUGAAAUUCCUGGUGCCCCUGAUGAUGAAGCAGUACGAAUAUUUUUAGAAUUUGAGAGAGUUGAGUCAGCAAUUAAAGCUGUUGUUGAUCUGAAUGGGAGGUAUUUUGGUGGACGUGUGGUAAAAGCAUGUUUCUACAAUUUGGAUAAAUUUAGGGUUUUGGAUUUGGCAGAGCAGGUUUGACUUUAAGAACUAGAGUGCAAGUCAUCUCCAGUGAUCCUUAAAUUAACUGCAGACUGAGCAGAGGAGAAGGAAUGGUAAAAAAAAAAAAAAAAAGAAAAAAGAAAAGAAAAAGCCUUCGUGACUGUUGAUACUGAGACUCUUGGAAGGACUUCUAAGAUAUAUGUUGGUUUAUCCCUUUUUUAUUUUGUGGCUUUUUAAUAUAGCAUAAAAAUCCUUUAAAAAAAAUUGUGUGCCUCUCUGAUUGUUCCUUUUUUUUUAUUACUACUUCUGAGUUCAUUACUCUGUUGCUAGAAUUUCAUGGUAAUUUUCAAGUGCUUUGAUGAUGCAGCAUAUCUUGCACUAAAAAACUAGGGCGUUUUGGGACGUGAGGUUGUAUUAAAUUAUCCUUUGUUUUUCUUUCUCCCCUUUCCCUUUUAAUAAAGCCUAGAAGUUAUUAAACUAGUUCAUAAAUUCUGUAAUAAAGUAGCAUCUUGGCAGUCUGCCAGAGAUGAAAAUGUCUGCUUUCUCUAACAGAGAAAUUCUUUUCAGUGACUCCAGUCAUAGAAAAAACUCUGCAGCCUGAGCUAAGAAUAGUGAGCCAGCCAUGACCUAUUUGGAUGAAUAAUUUGUCAUUAAGCUAAGUCAGACUGUAGGGUUUGUAGUGGAUUUAUGGAACAUGUGGGUAUAGAAAUCAUGAAUCACUUGUUUUCAGAGAUUUAAGCUUAGUCUUUAGGGUAGAUCAGAAACGACAAAUUAAUUCAGAACCUAGCUGUUAAGUGUCGCUUCCCCAUUCGCGGAGGAACGAUACUGGACCCUGCGCUUUUCUUUUUGCCCGGCCCUUCCCAGGUUAGCUGCCGUUCCCUCACUCCCGGAGGAACGACGCCGUCCCGGGUUAGCUGCUGGCCUCCCCACCUCUGCGCCUCCGCGGAGGAGCGGCAUAAUGGUGCCAUGACUUGGAUAUGAAACCUAGGAGGGAAAAAGUGGGAAAAUACUGGAGAGAGAUUAGGGAGAGCCUAGGGAAAAGCUGGACGGAAAAAGUGCCGGAAGAAGCUAGUGAAAGCCUAGGCAUAGACUCGGAUACGGACUGCGGACUGCGGGGAGAAGCUAGGAGAAAUCUAAGAUUGAAAGCGAAAGUGAAAGCUAGAAAAAAACAAAUUCAGAUACAGACUGUGGGGAAAAGCUAGGAGAAAUCUAAGAUUGAAAGCAAAAGUGAAAGCUAGAAAAAAACUUAGAUACGGACUGUGGGGAGAAGCUAGUAGAAAUGAGAGAGAAAUAUUGUUGGAAGAAAGCUAGGAAAAGUACUGGGGAGAGAAAAAUAUAAGCUAGGGAAAGUGAAGCCGCGGGGGUAGGCCGAAGCAGAGACGUAAGCUAGGUUGGGAUUCGUCAGGUUAGCCCAGGGAGCAAAAGGCGAAAAACUAAACUGGAAGCGGAGACGUAAGCUAGGUUGGGAUUCUUCAGGUUAGCCCGGGGAGCAAAAGGCGAAAAACUAAACUGGAAGCGGAGAUGUAAGCUAGGUUGGGAUUCGUCAGAUUAGCCCGGGGAACUUAGACUGAAAACUGAACCGGUAGCGGAAAUGUAACUAGGCCGAUUCGCGGAAGCUGCUGAGCGCAGAGAGCGCGUGGGGCAUGAGCAGAUAGGAGAGCACGUGGGGCGUGAGCAGAUAAGAGAAGUGUGGGGCAAUUGCGGAGACUGCAGAGCGCGCGCGGAGCCGGGAAGCCACGCAGAUAGGAGGGAGAUAGAAGUAAGAUAAGAGAAAUAAGAAUGCCCGGAGAUAGAAGUAUAGAAGUUAAAUGAGAGAAAUAGGAAUGCCCAGAGAUAAAAGUAAAAUGAGAGGAAUAAGAAUGCUGGGAGAUAGAAGUAAAAGAAAUAGGAAUGCCCAGAGAUAGAAAUAGAAAUGCUGGGAGAUAGAAGUAAAAGAAAUAGGAAUGCCCAGAGAUAGAAAUAGAGAAAAAUAAAAAAGGCCUCCCCACAAUACGGCAAUGAGAGGGCUCCGAUUCGGUCUGCCUGAUUAGUAAGGCGAUAAGCACCUGCGGGCAGCUCGAGCAGCGCAUGCGCCACAGGUCACCGAAGACAGGCACGUAUCAACACCAAUAAAAGUCUCCCCACAACACGGCAAUGAGAGGGCUCGGAUUCGGUCUGCCUGAUUAGUAAGGCAGUAAGCACCUGUGGGCAGCUCGAGCAGAGCAGAGCAUGCACCACAGGGCACCAAACACAGGCACGCAUCAGCACCUAAAAGCCUCCCCACAACAUGGCGAAGAGAGGACCUGGAUUCGGUCUAAGCACCUGUGGGCAACUCUAGCAGAGCAGAGCAGAGUGUGUGCCGCGGGGCACCGAAGACAGGCGCGUAUCAACGCCAAAGAAUAAAAAGAAAGGGGGAACUGUGAGGAGCAACUGAGACUAGACUAAGUUACUGGAACUAAGACUAAUUCUAUGCAUCUGAUCUCCCACCAUAUGGCGCUGAGAAGGAGUAAACAACUUCUACGCAGCUGCCUCACCAAUUCGACUAACAAGCGGCAGGAGCUGAUCCUGCUCCUGAUUGGAGGAGAGCAGCGUGCUCGGCGUGUGGGUAGCAGAGUUGGGAUUGGUGGAAGAGGACUAUAAAGGAGGAGAGAGACAACAUGCACCAGGAACACCUGAGCAGCCCCUGAGAGAGCCGGCCGGCGGUGUGCUGCUCCGCGGAAGCGAGGAAAGCGGCGGGGGUGCUGCCUCUCCGCGGAGGUGGUGGGGCGGGGGCCGGCAGCUAACCCGGGAGGGCGUCGUUCCUCCGCGAGUGAGGGAUGGCAGCUAACCCGGGAAGGGCCGGGCAAAAAGAACAGUGCAGGGUCCAGUGUCGUUCCUCCACGAAUGGGGGAGCUACAGUUAAGUUGAAAAUAUGUACCCAAUUAUGUUUGGGUAAUGGCAAUUCUAUGGGGUCUUGUUUCUACUGGCCAAAAUCCAGCAAUGUUAGUGCUAUUAAAUGUAAUUUUAAAAAUUAUAAAAUUCAGCCCUUUCAGCUACUUAAGAAUUGUACUGCAAAUUAACAUGGUUUCUGGAAAUGUGAAAAGUUGUACCACUGAAGUUCAGUGAUACAUAUGGCUUAAAAAUUUAGCAGGGCAACACAAAAAAUCCAUUGCUGAAGUUCAUUGCCAGAGCAAUGGAUGUUUCCAAAAAAUAUUCAAGCUUGUGAUCUGUUCUUGCUUUUCCCAAAUAUUGCAUGUGACUUUCUUUGAAGUGGCAACUGAGGGACCUGAACCUCUGUUGUCUCUGUAGGUUGUUAUGACAUGAACGUGCACUGUGACCCUUGGGGGGAAAGCUCAACAUUGUUUGCAUCCAUGGACUUGGUUUGGAGACAGGAAUAUUUUGACCCUUUUUACAAAAGGAUUUUCUCAUGUUUUUAUUUAACAUAAAUAAAGAAAUAACAUUUUA